AUGGGCGUUGAUGUUCAAGCAGUGGAUUAUUCUGGUUCAACAGCACUCCAUCACGCCAUCCGCAGCAGGUACCUUGAAGCUGUGCAAGCCAUUUUAAGCCAUGACGCGAGGAUCACACACUGCAAUCACGAAGGCUACACAGCACUACGGUGUGCGCUCGAGGAAUAUGAGAAGGAAAGCGAAGUGGCAGAACAAGACUGUGGGUCAGGAAACGUGGAUAACUCCAGUGCUAUAUGCCACGCGAUAGUGUCCGCCCUCUUGGAUGCAGGCGCCAACGCACUUGAAAUAUUCCCAGACGGUCGAACGGCGCUCCAUUACGCUUCUGUGCCGCUUAUGGACUACAGCAACAUCGACCGAGCGUUCCAGAUCGAAGAAGAUCAGGGCCCGGAUCAUUUCACCGAUGCCUUGAAUCUCUACAACAGGUUUUUGAGCGCGGGUUGUGACCCAGCAGCACAGAAUAACAAGGGAGAAACAGCAUUAUUUACAUUCGUCAAGGCACCGAAGAGCUACCACGGAUCGUGGUGUGAUAACAUGCCUGAUCGCUACGCGAACCCGGAGGACUGUGCGAGAAUGGCUACUUUGCAUGGUCUACAGGAGGUUGAUAAUGAAGGAAAUACACCUUUGCACGCGAUUGCAUCUCGGGAGUGGAACUAUGAGGGUGAAGAUUAUGAAGCGAAUCUUUUUGAAAUAUUUGUUGAUUUGGGACUCAGUCCUUGGAAGGAGAAUAAGAACGGACUUACCGCGUUGGAUGUUGCUGCUACAUACGAGAAACAAGAGAUCUUAGCGCUGUUUGCUCGGGAUGAUUGA